AUGUACGUGGCUCUCAAUCCGGACCGUCUCCACUACGUGCGACUGGUGUCAAGGGUUCACAACCGGAUCUCAACUGGUGAUAGGAUGAUCAAAUGGAAUCAGCAGGCUAACUCGGCUUGUACUUUUUGCAAUACGGUGAUGGAGACCCUUGAUCAUUUAACUUUUGAACGUUGUGUUUCCAGCGACGUCUGGCAUGGGUUAUUCUCAAAACUGCUCGGUUCAUGUUACUCCAACAGCUGGUCUACGAUCGUGGAGCUGGUGGUGGAUAGGCGUCAUGACAAGUUACCACUAUUUCUGCUUCUUUAUACUUUCCAAGCAACCGUCCAUCCGGUUUGGCGAGAACGUAACCGAAGGAGACAUGGUGAAACAUCUCAGACAGUGGUGCAGAUGCAAAGCUACAUUGACAAACUUGUGAGAAAUAGAAUCUCUACAAUGAAGAUGAUGGGAAGAAAGAGAUUUGAUGAUUCUAUGGGAAGAUGGUUUGCUUCAAGAUGA